GAGCAGAUGUUGAUGGCUUACAGAAGUAAAUAUGAGGUGGAGUGCGUGAGACCCACGCUCCGAAUCAAGUCGGUCGGUUCUUCUUUAAAGAACAGGGGCCUGCAAUUGCAUUAAGGAUUUAAUGACGGAGGCCUCAAUUUUCCACCGGGUUUCCCGGUAAAUCUAUAUUUUCCUAGAAUCUCCUUCGCCACUCCUUGCCUUCUUAUUACGCCCAAAACUCCCACAGCCGAACAAGUCCAGACUCUCUCUCUCUCUCUCUCUCUCUCUCUCUCUCUCUCUCUCUGCCCAAGUUGUGUUUAGUUUAUUUGGUUAACGUGAUCGAGCCGGUUCCUCUUCCAUAUUUUGUGCUCUGCAUCUCGAGAUGCGAACGUGCAACGGUACCAGUAACCGAGGCGACUCCAGUUUGGCGCUUUGACAUUGUGGAUUCAGCUUCCUUCUUAAUCUCAACCCUCCGAUUGAUCCGUCGUCAUCGUCAUCAUUGGUAGUUCGAGCGCAAUCGCUUUAAUUUCUUCUGAGUCAGUUUUGAGUUAGAGCAGAGCAGGAAAAUUGAAGUUGGAAAGAAUGAAGAACGAAGAGCAAGCGCGGUAUCUGUUUGGGAUUUCUCUGUCCAACAGGCCCGUUUGGAAACAGUUUCUUAUUUGCUCUUCUGGCUUCUUCUUUGGCUACCUCGUCAAUGGCAUCUGCGAGGAAUACGUGUACAACAGGCUCCAAUUCAGCUAUGGUUGGUACUUCACAUUUGUGCAAGGGUUUGUGUACCUAGCUUUGAUAUAUUUUCAAGGCUUCACCACCAAGCAAAUGGUAAACCCGUGGAAGACUUACGUGAAGCUGUCUGCAGUUCUUAUGGGUUCCCAUGGACUUACCAAAGGUUCUUUGGCUUUUCUUAACUACCCUGCUCAGCUCAUGUUCAAGUCCACCAAGGUUCUGCCGGUGAUGGUUAUGGGUGCCUUUAUACCUGGUCUGCGCCGGAAAUACCCAGUUCACGAAUAUGUGUCGGCAAUUCUUUUAGUUGUGGGAUUGAUCCUGUUCACCUUGGCAGAUGCGCAAACAUCUCCAAAUUUCAGUUUGAUUGGUGUGGUGAUGGUUUCUGGUGCUCUAAUCAUGGAUUCCUUUCUGGGUAAUUUGCAAGAGGCAAUUUUCACCAUGAAUCCGGAAACCACACAGAUGGAGAUGCUCUUCUGCUCGACAGUGGUGGGUUUACCUUUCUUGAUUCCUCCCAUGCUUUUGACAGGAGAACUGUUCAAAGCCUGGAAUUCAUGUUCCCAGCAUCUGUACGUAUAUGGUGUGUUGGUGUUCGAAGCGAUGGCCACGUUUAUUGGGCAAGUGUCAGUGCUUUCCCUCAUAGCCAUUUUCGGAGCUGCCACAACUGCUAUGGUAACCACUGCAAGAAAGGCGGUGACAUUACUGCUCUCAUAUUUGAUAUUCACGAAGCCGCUGACAGAGCAGCACGGCACAGGGCUUCUGCUGAUAGCAAUGGGGAUCGUGCUGAAGCUCUUGCCCGAUGCCAAUCCCAACCACAGCAGAAGAGCAGCUGCCUCCUCAACCCCUUCUCCCAUCUCCUCCUCCUCCAACAUUAGAAAUAAGCAUUCUGGUGAUGAUGACGACCAGAGAACCCGACUGGAAAAUGGGCAUAAUGAUGAUCAUGACGAUGAAGAAAAGAGGCCGCUGGUUUGAAUGGAUUAGUUUCACAGCUCUGUUAGCUACAAGCAAUCAUUGUAUUUUGUUUCCUGUUAAUCACUAUUUUUACCAAAAUAAAAGAAGUUGAUGAAGAAAAGAGGCCAUCAUGGGCGGGCUCACGGGGCAGGAUGUGAAUGCGGUUGAAUGUAAGAAAAAAGGGCGCGGGCUCCUAAUGGCGUGGAGCCAUGUGACAAGUGUUAAGAGUAAGAAAAAACAAUGCGGUCGCUAUUGAUCUCAUUUAACAGCAUGUACUUGAAAGGAAUAAUAUCUUUCUAUUUAUAUA